AUGGCUGGAUCCUACGCCGCCGUGUCCUUCCCACCACCACCAUCUACCUCCACCUCGCCGCUCCAAUCUGCGGCCUCCGAGGUCUCGGAAGGCUCGACGAUGUCUGCUGCACCGCUCACGCUCGAGUCCUUGGCGGCUGCGAUCAUCGACAUCAACCGCAACAUCGCGUCCAUGCAGGCGGCUUGGGCGGGACUCGUCCAGCAGCCCUCCCCCCCGCCGUUCUCGACGCCGCCGCUGUCCACGGGGCCGGCCGGAUCCUACGCCGCCGUGCCCAUCUCCACGCCGCUCGGCACACACCCUUGGGCUACGCUGGCCCUGUCCUCCGCAGCUCCGCCCGUGUUCACCACCGCCACAGCCACUGUGGCGCCCUUGCCUGCGCAGCAGCCUGCACCUUCCACAGGCGCCUUCGAUGAGUGGAUGGCGACCCUCGUCCAUAACAUUGGCGCACAGCCGGCGUCGGUGCCCUCAUCCGCGGGCGCGCAGUCGGCGGGCCUCGUCCUCGGCGUGCCGGUGCCUCCAUUCACAGGUGCACAGCCGGGCGAUCAGAUCGCCACUGCGGCAGCAACCGUGCAAGUGGCGCUUGCGCAGAAGAGUGAUUGUCAGUCUGCGACGGUGCGAUUACAGGCUGCAGCACGCGGCCUCCUAGCGCGGCGCCGACUGCAGGAGAUGCGCCGGCAGAUGCAUGAGGCGGCCUUGACGGCGAUGGACCUCGGCAAGGGGGGGCACGACCUCGCCCCGUCGAACGGCCAACAACAACCGCGCCGACCCGUUGCUGUCUCCAGGCGCGAGCAUGGUGCUGUUCCCGCAGGCGGCGCACUCCAGUUCUAUGGGAGUGAUGAUAGAAGAAGCGCACUCCUCUUUGUCACCGGCGGAGACGCACUGCCUAGCGCUGCCGCGUUUCGCUGUCGGCCGCCACGAGGUCGUCUCCGCUGGUCGCUGUUGCGAUUGAUUCCAGACAGCCGUACCCGUGCAACCCUCUCGUUUCGAUGGUCUCCAUGGGAUCCAGGCGGCUACACGAGCCUGUCCAGCACGCGGAGGGUGUCCGCCGCAUCUUCAGGAGUCAAGAAUAAAGAGUCGAGUUUAUUUGAAAUAAGCCGAGAUGUAAAAGGCUUGUUCUUAGGUGUUCAGUUUGUGUCUAGUGAAGCCAUAGUUAGCAUCAUUGUUAGGUCGCAGCUCGAGGACGAGCUGCAUGUCCAGGCUCAAAUGGAUGCCGCCAUGGCUCAGCCUACACCAGAAGGGGAACAACCAGUGACUCCUAUUGAAGAUGUUGCCAUCAAGUAA